AAAUAUUGUCCGCUGUGUUUGUCGUGUUGACUUUACGUCCCCUGGCCUUUGGAAUUUGAACCAAGAAAAAUAAAUACCAUUUAUAUCUUUAUUUUUUGACAACAAAACCGAUUAAUAUAAUAAACGUCCUCUGACAGGACCACAUUUGUUCCGGUCUGUUUUACUGUCUUUCCGGUGUUGUUUCGCUGUAGUGAAAUCCACACAGUAAAGUUAAGAUAUUAUAAUAAUAAUAAGUAAUAUUUUUAAAAUAGUUUUAUUUUAUUUUUUAAAAACAGUACCGAGGCGUCGUUUCCUCCUCUUUUUUUUUGUUGAGACCUUCGUCUUUCUCUGAUUAAAUCAGACGUACACGAUUGACCAGCCAGUUAAUUAAUUAUUAUUAUUAUUAUUAUUAUUAUUAUUAUUAUUAUUAUUAUUAUUAUUAACACAGCUGAUUAAAUGACGUUCUGCGUGUCUCUGUACGCCCACUUGAAAUAUAAAAAUCGACUUUUGCAACAUCCAAACAAGAAAUAAUAAUUAAAAACACACCUAACUACCAUGUCCGUUUAUGCAUUUUAAGUAAAAUCAGCGUUAGUUUAAACGUAAACGAAUGGUCGGUGAAGGGAAAAAAAAGGAGUUUAAUUUAUUAUUUAAAAGAAAUAAACCACAAAAUAUGGCUCAAUAUAAAUACAUUUUUAAUUAAUUAGCCAGGUCUGACGACUCCAUGUUGCUUUUUUUAGUAAAAUCCGGAGAGGACGGGAGAGAAAUGCGGCGACGGGCCUCGACUAAGGAUGAAAAUUAGACAUUUUCUACCGCCCGAUUGGAAUAAAAAAAAGAAAAAAAAGAGAGAGGGAAAGACGAAAGGAAGGAAAUAUCCCCCCCCCCCCUCUCCGAUUCGGAAUGUAAAUAAAUCUCGGAGGGGGAAAUAAAAAAUUAAAUGAGUUUACUUUUUUUUUUUUAUAUAUAUACAAAAGGAAAAUAAGAGUCAGCCAGGUCCUGGUCGUGACUGCUUGUGUAAAUUGUAUAUAUAUAUAUAUAAAAUAAAUAAAAUAAUGCCAGCUAAGCCUUCGUGUCGUGUUGACCCAGGCAUAAUAAAUCGUUUUUUAAUACGUUUAUGGUGCUAUUUUCUAUCAAACUUCGUGACAGAACCAGCACAGUUACCUUAUUUUGAGAUGUGGUUUUAAAUGAAAGAAUAAAAUAAACAAACAAACACACCAAAAAAAAAAAAAAACACUGAGAAGAGUCAACGGUUUUUUUGUUUUGUUUUUGUUUUAUGGUUGAGAGAAAUACGCCGGUAUUUAAUAUUAAAAGAGUGGUCGUGUUUAACGUUUUUUUUUUUUUUUUUUUUUUUUUCAAAAGGAUACAAAACAAAAUAAGACCCCAUUUUUUUUGUGGUGUUGGAAAAGGGGGGGGGGGGGAAAGAGGUCGUGUCUCAAAAAAACGUUUAUUACAACCGGAGGAAGUCGGGAGUCGAUCACGAUGGAAGGCCCUUGUCGAAGCAGCGGCUCCCGGCAGAGCCGGAGAUCCCGGUCUCAGCGCGACCGGGAGCGGCGGAGGAGGAGGUCAUGCCUCGGCGAAACCCGGGCCUACUCCCCAUCCUCGGGUUCGGAGCGGGAGGAAGCCGCCGGACCGGGAGUUGGACCGGGCGGCGGAAGACUCGACGGGGGGGACAACAGGCCUGCAGCCCAUAACAAUAGACCAAGACCGCCGCGCCGGAGGAAGAAAAACUCGGUGUCCUGCGAAGAGGAUUUUAUAGACGGAUUCGCUAUCGCCAGCUUCAUCUCUUUGGAAGCGCUGGAGAAGGACGUAGCCCUGAAACCUCAGGAGCGAGCCCUGGUUUGGGAACGUCGCAUCGGGAAGAGAAAGCGACCGGAAGAACCAGGACUGGCCUCGGAGCCAGAGGAGAGGAGAGAGGGGGAGAGCUCGGAGUGGGAGAGAGCCAAAGUGGGAGAGCCUGGCCGAAGAGCUAAGAGGAAGAGGAGGAGGAGGAGGAGGAGGAGAGGGGGAGAGGGUUCUGGCCACGCCUUCUUGGAGACCGGUUAUGUUUGCGACACGGAGAGUGAUUCUGACGACAGGGCGUGUGAUGGUGAUUUGGAUCAGCCCUUCACAGUCUCCACAAGCACAGGUCCAGAAUCCGCGGUGAACGGUCCCACCCCCCUCAGCCUCGCCCCUCGUCUCUCCGUGACCCCCAAAAUAUCCGGCAUCCAACGCAGCCAGGAGAGAAACCAGGAACCAGACGGCGCCCCCUACCUGCCGACAGAGCCCCCGAACCUGCUCCCAGGCCGCCUGCACCCCCCGUCCUCCUCGCUAACCAAAGAGGCGCGGAGAGGAGACAGGCCUGCCCCCUUGCUGCUGGAGCCCCUGUGCAAUUACCACGGGGGUCACAAACACGCCCGGACCACCCUGAACCCCCAGUCGAACCCGAGUCCGGGGAAUCGCUCCACCCCGCAGCCCAAACCCCACGGCAAGGGCCUGCUGCAUCCCUUCGGCUCGGCUGCGCCCGCCCAGGCUGUGUACGGGACGGGACUUGGGUUCAACAGCCGUUGCAGCACUCCAUCAAAGACCCCCACCUCCUCCUCCUCCUCCUCUUCCAGCCAGCUGUCUCUCCACCGACCCUCCACCCCUUCCAGCCUGGCCCUGGCACUCAACCCCUCCUUCCCAGGGGGUCUCCGGCCCCCCUCUCACCCAGGGGGGAGACCCUUCACCCCCUCGCCCGGCCUGCCCCCCCCUCCUCCCUUGCUGCAGGCGGCAGGGCACCCAGCCUCUGGGGCAGCGGCGACCGCUGCGUUCUCAGAGCAGGACCUGAUCCGGCAGGAGCUGAACUCUCGCUUCCUCACCUCCCAGUCGCGGGGAGGGGGAGGGGCCGACCGGGCUGGGGGCGGGGCCGGGGGAGAGGGGAGGGGCCCGUCAGCCAGCACCGCCCCCACUGGGUCUGGGACAGCCUCCGGCCCAGCCAGCAUCGGCCCACUGGCGUUCCAGUUUCACCAGCAUAACCACCAGCACCAGCACACGCACACACACCAGCACUAUACCCCCUUCCUGCCUCCCAGCGCUGCUGCCACUGCUGUGGUACCGAACACCCCCGCCGCCCCCAUGUUCGACAAGUACCCUGGGAAGAUGGACGGGCUCUACCAACACAGCUUCUACCCAGCCUAUCCUCCAUCAGUCUCUGGGCUCCCACCAGUGCUGCCGCCUGCUGGAACCUUUAGCUCACUGCAGGGUGCUUUUCAACCAAAGACAACCAAUCCGGACAUAGCAGCGAGAUUGGGGGCGGUGCCUCACCCCUUGCAGUCGAAAGAUCCACGUCUCACAGAUCCAUUCAGGGCUGCGUUACGAGUGAGUAAUAAACCUGGGAAGUGGUGUGCAAUGCAUGUAAGAGUAGCAUGGAUGAUUCUUCGGCAUCAGGAGAAAGUGAAGCACAUGCAGGCUGAUCCUCACAAGCCUGAUUUCCCCAGUGACCUCCUCACCCGGGUCCCAGGCUCCGGGUCCGUGGGCCCCCUCUCUGGCGCUCACGAUCUCUCCCGCCCCUCCACCCUGUUCUCUGCUGGCGGGGCGGUCCAUCCUGGCUCCUCCCCCUUCGCCCCGCCCACCGGACCCCCUAACCCUUUCUUAACCCCGCCCUCGCACCUAGAUCAUUACAGACGCAGCCCCUCCUACACCCCCCUGGGAGCCCUCAGCAACGCCGCCUUUGGGGGGCUCGGGAGCCCCAAUAUCGCCCCCAGCUUGAUGUUCUCUCACAAGGAGGGCCCUGGAGGGUCGCAGGGUUUCAGUCACCCCCACGACCCCUAUAACAGGCUGCACCGUGCACCCCCCUCCUUCCCCACUGCCCCCGCCUGGCCCAAAGGGGGCGACGGAGAGCGAGGGGCCAGCAGCAGCAGCAGCUCCCUCGACCGGGAGAGAGAGAGGGAGAAGAGGGUGAUAAAGGACGAGAAAGAGAGGGACGGGGUUUACAGCCGUCACCCGAUCCGGAUGUCUCCUGUCACCCCAAACCAAAAGUGCUCCCCCCUCGCCUCCAGCUCCACAGCAUCCCACAGCAACGGACACGCUGUCCCCAGAGAGGAAAAGAGAGGAGGGGGCAGAGACUCGAGAGAGCACAGCCGGGACAGAGACAAAGAGAGGGGACGGCCAUCUGUCCUGUCCUUGCACCGGGACAGAGACAGGCCGAAAUCCCUGUCCAGCGAUGUGGCCGCUAGAGACAGCUCGUCUUCGUCUUCUUUUUCAGAGCAGCACAAAAUCAAAGAGCAACAGGCUGUGAACAGCCUUCAAAAUAACGACAAUAGCCACCCUUCCUUACCCGCUCAGCACAGACCUCCACGGAGCGACCCCUCCACUGCGAGUUCAGGGCAAGGGACUCCUGCCUAUUCCUCAAAUCCUUCUGCUGCUGCUGCUCCUUCCCUGUCAAAGUCGCUCCCAGACAAAGACAAUCCGGGGAGAGAGGGCGGGCACAAACCGUCUAGCGCCGCCAGUCCGCUGGCGGUCAGAGAGAACGGUGGCCCUCCGACGCCCGUGGGUUCGGCUGGAGAGAAGAAGAGAGAGAAGGAGAGGGAGAGAGACCGCGAUCGUAAGCCCACUCCGGAUCAACUCCUGAGCUCCAGGAAAUCUGAAAGCUGUCCCGCCAGCUCUACAACCCCCCCUCCUCCUCCUCCUCCUCCUCCCUCCUCCCUCCUCCCUGUCCCGCUGGUUAAAGUCAAAGAGGAACGCAAAGAAGAGCCACCGGAGCCCAUCCCCAUCCCCAUCCCUCCCUCCCACCCCCACCCCCCUGCACCCACUCCCCCCUGCGCCACCCCCCUCACUUUCGACCGGCCCAGCAGUCGGGGGGGGCACCUCUCCUCCCAGCAGCACCCCAGCCUUCAUCCGCUAGCCAACCAAGUAACCAGCUCGGGUCCCAAGCCAGCUUCCCUGGCAGCCGCCAUGGCGCUCAAAUUCAGCCCGGCUAUCGCUCAGCAUCACCACCCAGCAGCCUCCCCUUCCUCCUCCUCCUCCUCCUCCUCCUCCACCUCACACCCCCUCAGCUCUCUCUCCGUGCUGGAGAGGAGCAGGGCACUGGGGGCUGCCUAUCUCGGGGGGCAUGUCCUGGCUCACCCGUCCAUCCAUCACCACCCUCACUCUCCAGCCUCCUUCUGGAACCUGCAGGAGGUCUUGCAGCAGCAGCAGCAGCAGCAGCAGCAGCUGGUCCACCAGAGGCGAGAGAUGGCCUUAAAUGACCCCCAGAUCGCGCGUUUUUUCACAGUGGCGGCCCAGCAUAGGUUGUACGAGCAGGAGAGGGUGGGGUACGUCCGAGAGGAGUUUGGGGGGCACCCCCACUCCCUGGCCCCGCACCCCCACCCCCACCACCCCCACCACCCCCUGCUCCCCCUCCACCAUGAUCGAGCGGCCGGUAGGGCUGCAGGCUCCCCCUCUUCCUCGGCAGCGAUGCUGGGGGCAGCUGCCUUGCUAGAGGGGAACGAAAGGGCCCAGAUUCUGCGAGAGGAUUUCGAGAGAGCCCGGUUCUACGGAAUGGCGGCUUUGGAGCCGCGCCCCCACCCCCACCAUCCCCACCCGCUCCUGGCUGCUCCCCAACUCUCCGCCGCCACUUCCCUGUUCAGCAGGCUGUGUCCCGAGACUCUGUACAGCCCCCAUCACCCCCACCAGAGCAACGGGUUCCUCUCCAAGACGCCCUCCUCCAUCGUGGGGCCCCCCCCGCCUCUCAUCCCCUCGGGGGCAGCCGCGGGACCCCUCCGGAGCAGCGUGGGGUCCCCCCGAGACGGCAGCAGGUGUACCCCACUGCAAGGGACGGACCACGCUGCGAUAUACAGCAGCCACAAGGGCAGAGACUCCAGAUAAGGAAGUGGAGGCUGCAGGGGGUCGAUUUUACACAUGUUUUGUAAGGAAUCGAUUCCAGAAUAAAUUUGACUUCUGAUUAUUAUUAUUAUUAUUAUUAUUAUUAUUAUUAUUAUUAUUAAUAUAAUUACUAUUCAGGGAUUUAUUUUUUUCUGGUUUUGUAUUUAAUGUGUGUCUGUGUAAUAUAAAUUAAAUGAAAUGUAAUUUGAACUGGAAACUCAUUAUUUGAUUAAUUUAGCUGCGUUUUGUUUGGUUUCAUUUUAUAAUACAAAAUCUAAGCUGAUAAAUGUCAGGUUGUCGGUUUUAAGAUGGCAACGACUUGCCCCAGUUCGGAUCAAUAAAAUCGAGGCGUGUAUCCUUUUCACCCUCUUCCGUUCCGUCUUCACCGCCUCAAGGUGCUGUCGAAAAAAAAUAAAUAUAAAUGUAGGUAGAGAGAGAAAAAAGGGGAGUUUAUUCUCAGACAAAAAUAACUGCUGCCUUUUUUUUUUACAAAAGCAAAAAAAAAAACCUGACCUUAACAGCUGAUAUUUUUUUCUUGAUCGAAAUCUGUUUUAAGAAACGUCGUUUGGGUGUUUUUGACUUUUUAUUUAAAAAUAAACAAACCAGUACUCGCUAUUGUUUGACCGACAGAACCAAUGCGACAGGACACCCCAUGAUUAGAACGAACGUCCUAAACCAGCGCCUCCCAUCCCAGGUCCUGGGGGGGGGGACCCCCAGCUGCGUGGGCUGGUUUUCAUUCAAACUCCUCUCUCGAUUAUUGAACUAGACCCUUCGUUGGACUGACCGUUUGCUUAAUUAGUCCCUUUUAAUUGUUCUCCUCUCUUAAACAGUCACGGAUUUCAAGUUAGCUGUAACGUUUUAUCAGUAACUAGAACUCUGCAGGUGCUUAAGAGCAGAGAGCAAUUAAAAAGGACUAAUUAAGCAAACGAUCAGUCCAAUCAAGGGUCUAGUUCAAUAAUCGAGAGCACAGUUUGAAUGAAAACCAGCCCCCACAGCGAGCGGGGGGGGGGGGGGUCCCCCAGGACCUGGGAUGGGGAGCCAUGACGUUGUUUAUACUCACACUUGACCUGUUAAACGUGGAGUGAAAUAAUAGUGGACCCUGAUUGGACAGCUGAGACUUUUUUUUUUGGGGGGGUGGGGGGGUGGGUUGGUAUGUUGUGUUGUGUGUUUUGUUUUGUUUUUUUCACAGAAAAAUAAAUGGAAGAUGCUUUUUUUCUGAAUACUUUUUGUCUUCAGCCCUAAUCUUCCUCUUCCUCUCUGUAUAUAUUUAUAACACGACAACCUGUGCAAAUGGACAAGCGGACACACAGAAGAGAAACUGACCCGAGAAACGAAACUCCUGUGACGUUUUGGAUUCUAAAAAAAAAAAGAAAUUAAUUAAUAAUAAUAAAAAAAAACACAACAAAAAAUUUUGUACAAAGGUAUGAGACUUUAACACAUUAUUUUGAUUUUGUUUUGUAUAUAUAUAUAUAUAUAUAUAUAUUUUCUCCUUUAGUGCUUCUCCCUGUAAUAUUUCUCUCUCUCUCUCUCUCUCUCUCUCUCUCUCUCUCUCAUUUGGGUUCAAAUUGUAUUUUGUGAAGAUCUGGUAUGUAUUUGGGGCCAAGCCUUCUCUGUUAUGGAUGAGGGUGGGGGUGGGUUGUGGGACGUUGUUGAUGUGUUUUUUUGGGGGGGGGAUGACCCAAACAGAAUACCCAACGCCUUCUUUACCCAUGCCUUGAAUAGUUAUUAAAAAGAAAAACAGAAAAAGAA